UUUAUACACAAACGAUCCCUUUAAUAACAAAGUUCGACGAGCUUACCUAACAGUUGUAUCAUCGCUUUGUCCCUUUGGUUGAUAAGUCAGAAAAAAUGUCUCUCCAUCAUAAUCUUUUCAGGCAAAUGCGAGUGAUAAUGUCUCCGCUGUCGAGGAGAAUGGCCUCCUCAGCUGGUUCCUCUGAUGGAGAGGCUUGUGGCAGAAGUCAGCCCAAGAAAGCCAAGACUCCCAUUGGCAAACUAGAUGACCAGGAGACCCCAGCUGGCCAGCACCCAUUCCAGGAAAAAGAACCAUUAGAAGCAUUCCCCGAUAAUGUUAACCCAAACACAGGGGAGGUCGGAGGCCCUCGGGGACCGGAACCAACACGCUAUGGGGACUGGGAGCGCAAGGGCCGUGUCACUGAUUUCUAGUCUGUGGCAGUGGAUGCAGUGGAUUUGGCAAGGUCUCAGGGAGCUGUUGAUGAAAACGUAGCUUGGUCAAGGAGAAAUGUCAGAAGAACAGUCAGAUUGUUUGUAGAUAAAAAUGACUACACAGAGACUUGACUGAUAAUAAUCAUGAUGUUACUUAAUGUACUUUUUUGUUAGUAUCUGAGAAUAUGUAGGUAACACUAUAAUUUUUCUUAAAUCCUGAAUAUUUGACAUUUAUUUAACAGGUGCAUUUUGUCUUUGUUUGAAUCUUUAUUUCCUUUUUCAUUUUUAUUCUUAUGCUUCCCAAGGAAGUGUUUCUAAUAUUGAUUUUUCACUUAGUGAUAAUGACUAUCCAUGCAAUUCGAUACUUAACUCUAAAGUCGACUGAUUAUGAACUGUGAUGCUUAUUUUUAAAAUUCACUGUAAAUAGAAUUAUGAAGAACUGGUAUAUUUUGUUUGAUCUGGUUAACUUGCAGUGCCUGUUGCUCUGUGCAUUGCUAGUCAUGUCUAGAAACUUAUAUUUCAUCUGUAUAUACUAUUUAAAAGAUAAUGAAUAUGUUGCAGAGAC